AUGCUAUGGCAGCUCGUGGCAUCGUCCUUGCUGGCGAGCAUUCUUCUGCUCGUCAGAUUUGUCACCGUCCUUCUCAGCAUCCACGACAGCCAGCAGCGAAAGAGGACCGCCACGACGCUCACCGAUGACGUCGUGCUCGGCAUCUUCCUUGGCUCGGGUGGCCAUACAGCAGAGAUGUUCAGACUCAUCUCGACGCUUGACACGGCCCGCUUCCCUCGACGUCGAUAUGUCAUUUCCUCAGGAGACACGAUCAGCCCGAUCAAGGUACGACAAUACGAGCAAAAUGUAGCGCCAUCUGUGAAGCCACAAGUCUAUGAUAUAAGCCUUGUGCCUCGCGCGCGUAGAGUACACCAAUCCUUUCUGACGGCGCCCCUGUCGACCUAUCGUUGCUUCCAAGCUUGCGUCAAGCUGCUCUGGUCGACUUCACCAUACGAUAACUCGACGCGACGGCCAUUCGCGGACCUCAUGCUCAUGAAUGGACCUGGCAGCUGCUUACCAUUCUGCCUCGUUGCAUUCUUGGCCAAGGCACUCGGACGACCCUCUCCUCGCCUGAUCUACAUCGAAUCAUUCGCGCGCAUCUCGUCCCGACAUCGCAAAGCGGCAUCAUAUCACGCUUCGUCGCCACGCCAGAAUACACAGGAUGGUUGCUCUGACUUUGCCGCGCCAAGCCCUUUCUGCUUGCCAUCUGGCCUGAGCAAUUGCUCGUCGCACAGCCUGCACACCCAGCCAGUCGCUGGCCGCGCGCAUUGCCUGUGUACUGUUUCCGGUCAGCCGCUGCACUCCGGUACAGCACAUGUUCAGCCGGAUGCUGACGGCAUGGCUCAUGACAUCGUCCGUGAUCAGACCAUAGAAGUAGGGUCGCAGGAGGGGAGAUGA